AUGUCCGGCACUAAGCAUACCACAAUCCCUAUUCAACCAGGAAGCGAUAGAUUCGCUGCAAUACCCGACGAAAUUAGCUGCGUCUUCCGAUUUGGUAAGGAUGAUCAUUAUGAUCCAUUUAUUAAAUAUGAACUCACAGACAUAAUAGAGAAGGAAGAGAAUUCUAAGAAGCAAGCAGAUAAUAUAAAGCUCUCAGCAGCAGCAUAUAAUGAUGCUAUAAUGAAUAUAGAAAAUCAAUUAAAACUCUCAUCUUCACUUCAGGUACACAGCUUCGACGGGUCACUUAUAAGUGUCUUUAAUAGUGAAUCUACUCCUUCGGCAUCGUCGACUUAUACAAACCUUGAACCAUCAUUAGAUAUACCUAUCGGCGAUACCUCAUUUAUUCAACAAAUUCUUGACAAUACUAAUUUAUCAACACCAUUACCUGAUAUUGACUUUGAAAGUGAUUUAUUUGACAAUUUUCCGGACGAUCCUGUAACAUUUGAUCAACUUCUUAAUUUCGAUCCUAUAAUGACAAUUCAACCACUUACCGAUGUUCCUAUGGAACAAUCUGAAAACUAUUCUGAUCAUGAAGUUUCUUCAUCAUUACCAUUCGAAUCAACACAUGAAGAAACAACAAUUUCUUCAGUUAGCUCACAACAAUCCGAUUAUAGCGAACAUGAUGAUGUUAUUCAACGUAAAGUGAAAAAAACUAGUGGUCCUGCUGGCAGAUUAGCACGUUUUGGAAAUAAACAAGUUAUUAAAUAUUCAGAUGAAUAUCAUAGUCGACGCGUAAAAAACAAUGAAGCAGUUAAAAAAAGUCGAAUGAAAGCCAAAGAAAAACAAAAAACAGGUGAAGUACAAAUGAAUAAAUUAACAGAAGAAAAUCGCUUAUUAAAUGAUCGUGUAGAUUUAUUAAUGCAAGAAAUACAAGUGUUACGAUCACUUUAUAAAGGACUUAAACCAGAUUCAACAAUGGAAGGUGGGCAACCAUUGGAACGAAUUAUUGCACCUUGA